AUGCUUCUUGAAGGUGAUGAUUGGACUGGUAUACUUCAGUCAUAUUCACAAGUCGAAUACGAAACUUCUAUUUUUGUUGACAGGCAUGUGUUUUUGGUAUCAACACCAGUCGCGAAAGGCAAUUCUAAUUGUCCCAGCUUGGUUAUGGAUGCUGAUUUCCAAAGUUGCAGAGUUAAUAUUCGAAAUUUCACCCUCCCAAGGGAUAUCCCACGAUUGUCAAUUGGAACUUUCCCCCUUUCAGAGAUUGCAAAGGCCUUCCACACAGCGGAAGCACAAGCAGCUGCUGAUCCGGACACCAUGGAGAGCUUUGACAUUGUUAUGCAGAACUGCGGAGACUUUACAAGUCACAUGGUGACCCUUUUGAAGGUUGAUUUCGAUCACGAAAUGGUCCAAUUCAUUGCCAAGCAGCUCCUAGAAACAAACCGCGCCUUUGGUCGAUUUGUUCGCACCAAUCCCAACGUCAUGAACUUGUUGCCCAACAAAAAGGAGACCACCAGGCUUGAUGAGCUAACAGAUCUACAGUUGCUCGAGUUGCUCGUUGAGUCAAGAGCGAAACAUCUCUACAGUCCAUCAACAGCACCGCUUAGUGAUAGAUACGAGGAUUCCACCAUGAUGUCAAGGUCAUAG